AUGGACUGCAAUUUGAUGGCUGCGUUGAAGCAAUUGGUAAACAGGAAGUACAGUCACAUUCUAGUCAUCAGUGACUUCAACUUACAUGCCCUCAAAUCCCAGGCGACACCAGGAGAACAAUUCAAAGUAGACUUGCAAGAUCUGGUUUCAAACUACGCUCCUUAUAGUCACGUCACUACGCUCACCAGAUUCAGGGGAACUGACAGGCCAUCCAUGUUGGACCGAAUAUUCACCAAUGAAGAAGUAAUGGUCGAGAGAGUAAUAACCGAUACUCCUUUGGGCCGCAGUGAUCAUGCGACGCUAUUGUUUCAUUACAUGUGCUACGCGGAUUAUCCUAAAGAGCAUGCCGAGGAAUAUCAUGUCGUAACCAACUAUGAAGACCUGUCCGACCUCAUUGAUACAACCAGCUGGUCCUUCUUAGCUGAAUUAACCUCCCAGGUGGCCUGCGAAGAAUUCGUCAACAUAUUUACCAAACUCGUUGCAAGGACAUCUGAAACCAAACUCUACCGGCCUAAAAGGAUGAAGUCUUUCGUAAGGAGCAGGACACCCUCCCCGAACGACCAUACCUGGGAUGUCUACACAAUACAAAGGAAUCACUGUGUCAAACUCGUCCUGGAGGAUAAACUUAAGAACCAACAAGGUCUAAUGGAAAAGCUUUGCUCCAAUCCCAAACUGCUAUACAGACACGUAAACAAUUUGCGCCGUGUUAAGCGCGGUAUUCCUGCUCUGCACACAGCAUACGGGUUAGCCCAAACCGCACAAGAGGCAGCCAAUGUCCUUGGACAACAACUUUGCCGUACCUUCCAAAGCGCGCAAUCAUCAUACAUCCUGCCUAAGCAGAUAACGCCGCCUUCAGGGUUUAAUCACAUAUCGUUCACCUCCGCAGCUGUAGUGAAGAGGCUGAUGUCUCUGCGCGAGUUCAGCUCCCCGGGUGCGGACGGUAUUCGUCCGAAGACGUUGAAAGUUGCUGCCAUGAGUUUGGCAGGACCAUUAGCAAUCUUCUUUCAACGAUGUCUGAACGAGAUGCACGUCCCCACGAUGUGGAAGCACGGAAUCAUCAUGCCUAUCUACAAAAGUGGUAGCCGUGCUGAACCAACAAAUUAUCGCCCGAUAACACAGCUUCCUGUGAUCUCCAAGGUUAUGGAGUCCAUCGUAGCUGAGGCUUUAAUGGGGUGCCUGGAGAACAACAAAAUGCUCGUUCCGGAACAGCAUGAAUUCCGUCAAAAGCGCUCCUGUACAACUAAUAUCUUGAUUGCUUUUGCAAACUGGACGGAAUCUGUGGACGCUGGUGCAGGAGUCGACGCGGCCUACUUGGAUUUCUCAAAAGCAUUCGACCGUAUAGACCAUCGCAUUCUCCUCCACAAACUCCAGAAAUAUGGAAUCGGUGAUCCUGUUCUGUGCUUGAUAAGAGACUUUCUCGUGCAACGUCACCUGAAUGUGAGGGUUAGAGGCAAGCUAUCAGAAUCCAUCGAAGUUCGGUGCGGCGUACCUCAAGGCUCAGUACUUGGAACCCCCCCUGUUCCUGGUCUUCAUAAAUGA